AUGCCACCCAAGGCGUCGAAGAAGGACGCCGCGCCGGCGGAACGCCCCAUCCUCGGCCGCUUCUCCUCCCACCUCAAAAUCGGAAUUGUCGGGUUACCCAAUGUUGGCAAAUCAUCUUUCUUUAACAUAGUGACAAAGUUGUCUAUUCCGGCUGAAAACUUCCCAUUCUGUACCAUUGAACCAAAUGAGGCACGGGUGUAUGUUCCGGACGAACGAUUUGACUGGCUUUGCCAACUUUUCAAGCCGAAGAGUGAGGUGGCUGCAUAUCUGGAAAUCAACGACAUAGCUGGGCUUGUUAGAGGAGCAAGUGCAGGGGAGGGUCUGGGCAAUGCCUUCUUAUCCCAUAUACGUGCUGUUGAUGGAAUCUUUCAUGUCUUGAGAGCAUUUGAAGACAAGGAAAUCACUCAUAUUGAUGACACAGUUGACCCUGUUCGUGAUUUGGAAACUAUUAGUCAAGAACUGAGGCUCAAGGACAUAGAGUUUGUGCAGGCUAAAAUUGAUGACCUUGAGAAGUCAAUGAGGAGGAGCAAUGACAAGCAACUUAAGAUAGAACAUGAAUUAUGUCACAGGGUCAUGACACAUCUGCAAGAAGAGAACGACGUACGUUUAGGAGAAUGGAAAGCUGCUGAAAUUGAGAUCUUGAAUACCUUUCAGCUGCUUACUGCUAAGCCAGUUGUUUAUUUGGUCAACAUGAGUGAAAAGGAUUACCUGAGGAAAAAGAACAAGUUUGUACCAAAGAUACAUGCUUGGGUGCAAGAGCAUGGUGGUGAAACUAUUAUUCCUUUCAGCUGCGCCUUCGAACAGAAACUAGUGGAUAUGCCAGCAGAUGAAGCUGCUAAAUAUUGUGCCGAAAACCAGACGACAAGUUUGAUCCCCAAAAUCAUCAAGACUGGUUUUGCAGCAAUUCAUCUCAUAUACUUCUUCACUGCUGGUCUGGACGAGGUGAAGUGCUGGCAGAUCAGACGUCAAACUAAAGCUCCGCAAGCUGCUGGUGCAAUUCACACUGAUUUUGAAAGAGGCUUCAUAUGUGCUGAGGUAAUGAAGUUUGAAGAUCUAAAAGAGCUAGGCAGUGAAUCUGCUGUGAAGGCCGCUGGAAAGUACAGGCAGGAAGGGAAGACGUAUGUGGUGCAGGAUGGAGACAUCAUCUUCUUCAAGUUCAAUGUUUCUGGAGGUGGAAAGAAGUGAUGAAUUGAUAGGCCG